UUUUUAAAAAGGCGAAACGGUUCAUUUUGUAAAUCAGUCGUUAGUCGCUUGCAAAACGUAUAGGGGCAGCGUUUCAUAAAUAAAAAAUUUUAAUUGAAUAUUUUUUUCGAAUUUAGUGUAUGCAAUCGAAAAUUUGACAGAUUAAAGUGUGCGAUCUUGUUAUUAAAAAACAAAAAAAAAAUAAACGUGCGUUGAAUUAUUAAAAAUAUUUCUAAAGUAUAAAUGAAAAUAUUUUAAAUUCAAAAAUUGUGCAGAACAGUUUAAUUAAAGAAAGUGGCAAAGAAGUAUCUGAAAGUUUUUAUUAAUAUAUAAAAUAACAAAUAUCAAACUUAUUCAACAAGUGUGUUAGAAUGCGUAUUUUAUUCUAAUAAAAUACUUUUUACUUUUUACUUUUAAAAACAUUUGUUAACUUCACUGAACGUGUCACCUUUGCAUUUAUUUUUGGCUGAGAAAAAUAUAAAUAUUUUUAAUAUUUCGUGUGAAAGAAAGAAAAUUCUACAUUUGAAGUUUGAAUUGGUAUAUACACGUUAUCACGAUGUUAAAUAAAAAGUGUUUAAGUAUAUUGAUAUUGGCAUUGCUUGCUAUUCUGGUAAUACAAAGUAAUCCUGCGGAUGCGUGCUCUUGCAUGCCAAGUCAUCCACAGACACAUUUCUGCACUGCGGAUUAUGUUGUGGUGUUGCGAGUGCUACGUAAAUCACAUCGUUUAGUAGCGAACAGUGUGGCAUACAAAGUAGAAAUCAAAAAAUCUUACAAGAUGAAUUCAGCGGCACAUAAAAUGCUCAAACAUGGACGUAUCAUAACACCAGAUUCGGAUGCUGGUUGCGGUAUUAAUUUGGAGGUUGGCAAACUUUACGUCAUUGCCGGACGUGCGCCGUAUUUAAAUUUGUGCAGUUAUGUAAAGGAGUAUCUGAAAAUGUCUGUAAUAGAGCGACGGGGAUUUUCUGGUGUCUAUCGCAAGGGUUGCAAGUGUGAGAUUAAACCCUGUUUUGGCAACCAAUGCUUGCAGCAGCGUGAAGGCCCCGACUUUUGUAGAUGGUCGCCAUUUGCCAAGUGUGAAACCGAUUUCAGUGCUUGCAUGCCAACUUCAUAUCGUACACCUGAAGGCGUCAUUGCAAAAUGCCACUGGCGAAGAACACCGGCAUACAAAGAAUGCAUGGCAGAUCCAUAAUUUAUUUUUAAUUUUUUUUUUAUCCAUUUAUUGUUUUUUUGGUUUAAGCAAAUAUCGGUAUAUACAAAUUCCCGGUUGGUUGCCAUGUUUACUUUGAAAAAAUUUCAUUUUUAGUUUGUCAAUUUCACAACAUUUUAUUUUAUUAUUU